CAGAGCACAUUUCUUCCUCCUUUACCCUCACCAACUGUGGCUGGAAGAAGAACGUUCCAUAAUUGUUUCAGGCUAGUGUCAUGAAGACGACUAGCAGUGGUGACAGAAACGUUUAUUCCAAUCUAAAUUUCAACAGAUGCUGCCUGACUUGCUGAGUUCCUCCAGCAUUUUGUGUGUUAUUCUUCGAUUUCCAGCAUCUGUAAAAUCUCUUGUGUUUAUGGAUGACCUGCUAUGGUGGACGACCCCAACAGACUCCAAGUGUUGUCCCACCUGGAAGGACUGUUUGGGACCCUGAAUGGAGUAAAAGCAAGAUGAUCGUGAUCUGAUGGUUGUGAAGCUUUGACAUAUAUCAGGAAAAGAUCUUUGACCUAAGGAAAUGGAAGUUUUCUACUUGCUGAUCAUCAUCACGACAGCACUCAUCAGUGGAUUAUUUUAUUGCAACAUUGACAUCGAUGAAGCUCAAGAUGACAGCCAUUUGGGAAAGCCAAACUUCAUCAUCAUUUUGGCUGAUGAUAUUGGAUGGGGAGAUCUUGGUGCAAACUGGCCAUUUACUAAAGAAACACCAAAUCUGGAUAAGAUGGCUAAGGAUGGGAUGAGAUUUGAGGACUUUCAUGCUGCUGCAUCCACUUGCUCCCCAUCUCGGGCUUCGCUGCUGACGGGGCGCUUGGGCUUACGGAAUGGUGUUACCCAUAAUUUUGCUGUAACCUCAGUUGCCGGCUUACCACUAAAUGAAACUACAUUGGCAGAUGUUCUAAAGGAAGCCAACUACUCCACAGCACUCAUUGGUAAAUGGCACCUUGGACAUCAUGGCCCAUAUCACCCUAACUUUCGUGGAUUUGAUUACUAUUUUGGAAUUCCUUACAGUAAUGACAUGGGUUGUACAGAUGAUCCAGGGUACAAUAUUCCUCCAAGUCCACCGUGCCCCAGGGAUUCCAUCCUGGAAAGCUGUAAUAUCAAUCCAUGUACUAGAACUAUAGCACUACCUCUUCUUGAAAACCAAAAGAUUGUAGAACAACCUGUUAAUCUCAGCAGCCUCACAGAGAGAUACGCCGAAAAAGUUAUACAUUUCAUUCGGAAGGCCAGGGAGAGAAUGCAUCCAUUCUUCUUGUACUUUGCUCCGGCCCAUAUGCAUGUUCCUUUACAGUACAAUUCACAUUUUUCUAACACCUCUACACGUGGUCCAUAUGGAGAUGGUCUACGAGAGCUGGACCAUGCAAUUGGCCGGAUAUUGGAAGAAGUUAAUGCAGAUUUGCAAAAUAACACACUAGUGUGGUUUGCAGGUGACAAUGGGCCUUGGUCUGAGAAAUGCGAAUUUUCUGGAAGUGUUGGACCAUUUAAAGGAACAUGGCAGACACAACAAGGUGGCAGUUCAGCUAAGAGGACUACAUGGGAAGGUGGCCAUCGAACACCAGCGAUAGCUUAUUGGCCAGGAAAAAUCCCAAGUAACACAACAAGCAGCUCACUGCUUAGCACAUUGGAUAUAUUUUCUACUCUGAUUUCACUAUCAGGAGCAAGCCUGCCUCCAAACAGACGUUAUGAUAGUUUGGAUAUAACAAAGGUGUUGUUUGGCCAAUCCCAAAGUGGUCACCAGGCUCUCUUCCAUCCAAACAGUGGAGCAGCUGGGCAAUAUGGGGACCUGAAGACUAUCCGUCUAAGGCAGUACAAGGCUUUCUACCUGACAGGUGGUGCCAAAGCUUGCAAGGGUGAAAAGGGGCCGGAACAGCAACAUGAACCACCUCUGAUUUUCAAUCUUUUGAACCAUACAGCAGAAGACCAGCCACUAGAUCCUCUUAGUCCUGAAUACCGUGCUGUGUUCCCACAAAUCCAGAGGAUGCUGAACAAUAUCCUUCAGGACAUCUCCACAGAUAACACCUCCUUGGUUGAUUACUCACAUGAUCCAGCAGUAAUUUUAUGCUGCCAACCAAAGCAUGUAGUGUGUAGGUGUGAUAAUGUAACUUAGCUCUCUUUGUAUAUUUUAAUCAUUAUUUUCACCAGAUGGUUGGUGAAAUGACCGUAAGUUUCAUUAAAAUGUAGAAAAUAACUUCUAAAAAUAGCAAAUAAAGAGGUCUUAGUGGUGAGUAUUGUACUUAAAGUAACAAAAAUACCUUUAAUUAUAACUUCUUAUAUAAGAAGAUACUCUGGCCAAUUAUAGUACAGUAGCAAGAACAUUUUAGGUAAUUUUGCAAUGGAAAUGUCUUACAUGGAAUACAAUUGAAAUCAGUAGGCUGGUGUCAGUCAACAGUGCUCUCCUGUACCACCAAGAAAGCCAAAGUUGCUGAGAGGAAUAAGCAGGGCUUUUGAAAGGGAGCAACAGGCACAAAAUGCUGGAGGAACUCAGCAGGUCAGGCAGCAUCUAUGGAAAUGAAUAAACAGUCGACGUUUUGGGCCAAGACCCUUCUUCAGGACUGGAAAAGAAGAGGGAGGACGACAGAAUAAAAAGCUGGGGGAGGGGAAGGAGGAGCUAGAAGGUGAUAGGUGAAGCUGGGUAGGGAAGGUAAAAGGCUCAAUGAAAGGAAUGUGAUAGGAGAGGAGAGUGGACCAUAGGAGAAAGGGAAGGAGGAGGAGACCCAGGGGAAGGUGAUAGGCAGGUGAGGAGAGGUAAGGGGCCAGAGUGGGGAAUAGAAGAAGAGGGGAGGGGAAGGAAAAUGUUUUUUGCUUGAAGGAGAAAUUGAUAUUCAUGCCAUCAGGUUGAAGUAUACACAGAUGGAACAUGAAGUGUUGCACAGCCAGCCUAGGGGUAGCCUCAUUGUGGCACGAGUGGAGGUCAUGGACCAACACGUUGGAAUGGGAAUUAAAAUCUUUGGCCACUGGGAAGUUCUGCUUUUGGGAAUGGAGUGGAGGUGCUCGAUGAAGCGGUCCCCCAAUUUACAAUGGGUCUCACUAUCGUGAAGGAGGCUGCAUUGGGAGCGCCAGACACAAUAAACAACACCAGCAGAUUUGCAAGUGAAAUGUUCCCUCACCUGAAAGGACUGUUUGGGGCUCUGAAUGGAGGUGAGAGAGGAGGUGAAUGGGCAGGUGUAGCACUUUGGCUGCUUGUGUAGAAACAGUGUGUAGAAUAUAAUUCAGAAGAUGUAGUGAUCAAACUUUAUGGUGCUCUAUUCAGGUAAAACUAAAUCUUCACUUCAGGAGGUUGGUAAUAGGUUAGUAGGUUAGACACUAUAUUAGUUAGAUUUUUUUUAUUAUUAAUUGCUCACAGUAUCAGAACUAUGUUGUUUAAUGUUUGUUCCUAAUUUCUUGAAUCUAAGUGUUUUACCAAAUAAUGCUUAGUGUCAACUACAUUCUGUUGGUUUGGAAUUCAGAUCAGGUAAGGACACAGAUUUCCUUUCUAAAAUCCAUAAAUGAAUCAGUUGCGUUUUAACAGCCAACAGAGGACAUAAGGUGGCUGCAAAGGGAUAGAGAUAGGUUCAACAAAUGGACAAAGUUCUGGCAAAUAGAAUAUAUGUGAAAUUCCUUCAGAUGCAUAAGUUUCCUCCUGAACUCCAGGAAUGUGCUAGUUAGUGGGUUAAUUGGUGCAGUGCAUUGCCUCUGGAAUGGAUGAGUGUAGAACAAGAAGGUGGGGUUGAGGAGCAAGUGAGAGGGAAUAGGCUAAAAAGAAAUGAGUGAACGAAUGGGAGUGGUAGGAUCGCUCCAAGUGCCAACACAGUCUCGAAGAACUGAAUGGCCUCCCGUGUUGUAAAAGCUUGAAAAUGAAGUUGUCCAUUUUUAUAGGAAAAAUAAGAAAAGUGUCUGUUAUAUAAAUGGUGAGAGAUUGCAGCAUUCUGAAAAGUAGAGAUCUGAAUAGGUGUAUAAGACGAUGAGAGGCAUUGAUUGUGUGGAUAGUCAGAGGCUUUUUCCCAGGGCAGAAAUGGCUAGCACGAGAGGGCGCAAUUCUAAGGUGCGUGGAAGUAGGUACAGAGGAGAUGUCAGGGGUAAGUUUUUUACGCAGGGAGUGGUGAGUGCGUGCAGUGGGCUGCCGGUGAUGGUGGUGGAGGUGGAUAUGAUAGGGUCUUUUAAGAGACUCCUGGACAGGUAUAUGGAGCUCAGAAAAAUAGAGGGCUAUGGGUAACCCUAGGUAAUUUCUCAGGUAAAGACACGUUUGGCACAGCUUUGUGGGCUGAAGGAGCUGUAUUGGCCUGUAGGUUUUCUAUGUUUCUAUGAAUGCUUAAGUACAUGAUUUAUAAAAGGCCAUGAUGUAGUUAUAGCAAACACCUAGAAAAGCUAACAAUAUUAUUGCUUUUAGCAAAGAACUGAUUACCAAAAUAGGAAAGUAAGACCUCAGUUACAUGGGACAUUGAUGAGACUAAACCAGGACCACAAUGUACAGUAUUGUUCUCCUAACAAGGAAGAAUGUUCAUUCAUUGGAAAAAGUCAAAGAAAGUUUACUUAACUAAACAACACACACAAAAUGCUGGAGGAACUCAGCAGACCAGGCAAUAACUAUGGAAAAGAGUAAACAGUUGACGUCUUGGGAGAGGGUCUUGGCCUGAAACGUCGACUGUUGAUUGUUUUCCAUAGAGGCUGCCCGGCCUGCUGAGUUCCUCCACCAUUUUGUGUGUGAUGCUUGAUUUUCCAGCAUCUGUAGAUCUUCUCUUGUUUACUUAAGUCUGGGAUAGGUGGGUUGUUGUAUAUUGAAAAGUCAGACAAGCUAGGCUGAAGUUUAUAACUGUGAGAAGGACAUAACUGAAACAUAGAUGAUCCAGCGAGGUCUUGGUAGGAUAGGUGUAAAGAGGAUAUUUCCUGUUAUUGUAGCGAGAUCUUCAGGCAAACAAGUCCAGAUGUGGAGUAAACGAGAGACUCAAAGAUAGAAAGUAAUGACAAGGAUUAAUUUGAAGAACAAAACAGAGGAAUAACAAAUGACUCCGAGCAUACUUACUUAAGAGAGCUAGAGUCCACAGAAUAUUUGUUCACUCAGGUCUCAGUGAUGAAAGCUAGUUGUGGCAGGCCUCAAUACUGCAUAUAGCAUGGGAAGUUUAUUUACAUUAUAAAUAACCAUCUUUCUUCUUGUGAUCUAUAGUAAUUUUUUUUUCUGUCAUUAGUUACUCUUUCUUUUACAUUAUGCAUGUAAAAUGGGAUGGAUGUUUAGGAUAUUUGCUGUCCUAUUGCUCUUAUUCCAUGUUUAAAAAUCAUACUGUAUCUCACACGGUCUGUAUAUAUAUCUCACAAACUCUAGUUUCAUAAUCGAUAAUGUCAGUUACCAUAAUGAUAUUGUAAAUGGGGAAAAAUAAAUGGCACAGCUCCUGUUUUAAUUGAAUUUGAGUCUCUGAUAAUGGUUGCAAAACUGGGUGAAAUGUGUUCACAUGCUACAACACGCAAGCUCUGUGGAAAAUCUGAGAGCAAGCAUUUUGACUUCCUGCUCUGUCAAAGUAUCCUACA